UCCAUACUUUCCCACACCUUUCUCUCUCUUAAUUUUCAUCCGAGAAAAAAUUUUCCCGGAAAAUUGCCAAGUUUCCUCCAAUCAGAGAUCUUCUGCUUCAACGAUGAAGAAAUCAGGAUUCUUUGCGGCUUCCGUUGCCGCGGCCUCUGCUACUGCAAUCUCUGCGCCGUCCUCUUCGGGUUUCCUCUGCAAUUCAAAGAUUCAACUUUCUCGCGAUGAGGCUGUUGCGGGGAAAGAUAUUGAAAAUUCAGAAUCACAAAGAUCGUCCUCCGCGGAUAGAUUUGCGCCAAGGUUCGAUGGGUUGAGGUUCAUUGAAACCCUGGUCACUGCUCACCGAUAAAAGAUUUGGAGAUUCAGGGCUUCAUCACCAGAAAAGAACAACUUAAUUGUUACGUAUUGCUAGAUUCUCUUCCUUUUAUUUUUCAGAGGGGAAAGGGACGAACACUGUGUGUUUGGGGUUUUGGGAUAAUUUUCCUCAAUUUUGCACUUGUUGCCUGUUGGUUUGUGGGGAGUUGUAUGAGAAAAUCAAGUGUACAACUGAUUUCCAGGUGUCUUGACAUGAUUGGUUGACUUAAGUUGUACUGGUACUCAUAUAAUAAUAACAAAAGGAAAAAUUUAGUGAA